AUGGCGGCGGAGAAUUCAGCAACAGCGUCUAGUAGUAGAUCUGGCGGCGGAGCAACGGCGGACUCGUAUAUCGGCAGCUUGAUAAGCUUGACUUCGAAGAGUGAGAUAAGAUACGAAGGUAUUCUUUACAACAUCAACACUGAAGAAUCCAGCAUCGGCCUCCGUAACGUGAGAUCAUUUGGAACAGAAGGACGAAAAAAGGACGGUCCACAAGUCCCUCUUGGUGACAAAAUUUAUGAGUACAUACUGUUUAGAGGAAGUGAUAUCAAGGAUCUACAGGUCAAAUCUUCUCCGCCUGUUCAAAGUACACAACCCAUAAACAGUGAUCCGGCCAUUAUUCAGUCUCACUAUCCUCUUCCAGCAACUGCAUCCACAAGCUUGCCCACAGCUGUUUCUGGGUCUUUGACGGAUCUUGGUUCUCAUUCUACACAGUUGGGACACCCUGGGUCAACUUUCCAAAAUGGUCUGCCUUUAUAUCAACCGGGAGGGAACUUGAACUCUUGGGGGCCUUCUCCUCCACCAAAUGCUAAUGGAAGUGGCAUAGCUAUGCCAAUGUAUUGGCAGGGAUUCUAUGGCACACCGAAUGGCCUCACUCAACUGCCCCAGCAGUCCUUACUUCAGCCUCCUCCUGGACUGUCAAUGCCUCCAUCCAUGCAACAGAUGCCAUAUUCUGGUUUUAACUCAUCUUUACCGGCAGGAGCAUCAAGCUUUCCAGUUCCUCCACUGCAAUCUGUGUCACCGGCAUCUGAAACAAUGUCAAAUCCAAUGCCAAACAAAGCUCCUAUUUCAGCCAUCCCUACUUCAACACAGAGUUCUAGAUUGUCAACUUUGGCUCCACUGUCUUCAUCAAUUCCUGACAAUUCCGGAAUGCCUUUGGUUGCUAGCAAACCUAGUGCAAUAUCCGGUCCAGUAGUCUUGCUACACCAGACCAUGUCUCAGACUUCGACAUCUGUUUCUGGGAUAUCAAGAUCAGUUCUUGCAGAAACACCCACCCCUUCACUUAUAACCCCUGGUCAGCUGCUGCAGUCUGGACCAACUACGGCUCCUUCAACUCAACAUUUGCAAACAGCUCAGAAGGAUGUAGAAGUAGUUCAAGUGUCACCAAAGCCAUCUCGACUACAACCAGUUACAGUUGCAACUGAAACUCCGCCACCAAUAUUACCUUUGCCCCAAAGCACAAGAUUCCAAAAGUUGCCAAGUGGAGCUACUUAUCAGAUGCGUAACAAUUACAGAGGGCGUGGCGGAAGAGGACCUGGACUUGGACCUGGACCUGCGAGAACACCAGUGGCAAAAUUCACUGAAGAUUUUGAUUUCAUUGCGAUGAAUGAGAAAUUCAAAAAGGAUGAGGUCUGGGGUCAUCUGGGAAAAUGUAACAAAUCUCAAUCGAAGGAUGAGAAUGGAGACUUCAGUGACGAAGAUGAUUUACAAGAUGAAGAUGAUGCUGAAUUGCCAAAGAUUGAGCCUGUUUAUAAUAAGGACAACUUUUUCGAUUCCCUUUCUUGUAAUGCACUGGACAAUGACCCAAAUCAUGGAAGAACUAGAUAUUCAGAGCAGAUGAAGCUAGAUACAGAGACUUUUGGAGAGUUUUCUAGGUAUGGAGGAGGCCGAGGAGGUCGGGGACCUGGUCGUGGAGGUCGUUUUCGAGGCUCUUAUCGUGGAAGGGGUUAUGGGGGAUAUGGCUAUGUUAGUAGGGGACGUGGUCGAGGCAUGGAAAGUGGUUUAGGACUUGCUUGUAUGUUUGCAAUUUUCUUCUGCUGGUUGUUUCAGUAA